AUGCCUCCGUUCACCGACGCAGUCGUCGAUGACCAUCAGGAGAUGAUCGAAUAUUACGAGGCUUACGAGGCCGCCAAGAAGGAGGGCGACGCCGCCAGACAGGGUCGCAUCGUCCGUUUGUUGACAUGGGAGGUCGCACGACACGCGUUCGCAGAGGAGACCGUGAUGUACCCGCUCAUGGAGAAGCGACUAGCUGACGGGAAGAAGCUCGUCGAAGAAGACCUCAAGGCUCACUUGGAAGUCAAAUCGAUGCUCUCCCAAAUCGAGAAUGAGACGCCCGGCACAGACGCGUAUGAUGCUACCGUGCAAAAGGUCUGGCAACACCUCAAGCCACACAACGACAGCGAGGAGAAGAACGACCUGCCCCAGCUCGAGGCGACCUUCGCGGACGAGGCCGAAGGUCGGGAGUACGCGAUGUCGUUUUCGCGCAUCAAAACGAUUGCACCUACGAGGGGCCAUCCCGAGUUGCCCAACCGGCCACCGUUCGAGACGGUUGCGGGUUUAGUAACCGCACCUGUUGACAAGAUCAAGGACCUGUUCGCGUAUUUCCCCACAGAAGAGGAUUUGAAAACAUGA